AAGUAAUGGUUCAGAAAUUUGUUGAAAAUCUGCUGUUCUCUCUAUUUUAGUAUUCUUAUAGGCCGUGGGCGAGAAGAAUCUUGGAAAUGCUGCCUACAAAUUGAAGGACUUUGAAGAAGCCCAUAAGCAUUACGAUAGAGCUAUUGAACUAGACCCGUCGAACAUAACAUUUUACACUAAUAAAGCAGCAGCGUAUUUCGAGGAACACAAGUACGACGAUUGCGUAGAAAUCUGUAAGAAAGCCGUUGAAGUUGGUCGUGAACAGCGUGCAGACUUCAAGUUGAUUGCAAAAGCAAUGGCCAGAGCUGGAAAUGCGUAUUCGAAGGCAGGAGAUCUUAAGGAGGCUCUGAAUUGGUACGAAAAGUCUAUAUCUGAGUUCAGGGAUCCAGAAACGGUGAAGAAGGCGAAGGAAUUGGAGAAAGAGAUAAAAGAACGAGAGCGUCUUGCCUACAUUAAUCCCGAAUUGGCCCAACAAGAGAAGAAUUUGGGGAACGAAUUAUUUAAGGUCGGAGAUUACCCUGGUGCCAUGAAGCAUUACAAUGAAGCAGUGAAACGUGAUCCGGACAACGCUGUACUCUACUCCAAUCGUGCUGCAUGUUAUACGAAGCUCAUGGAAUUCCAACGAGCGUUGGAUGACUGUGAGAGCUGCAUAAAACGUGAUCCAAAAUUUAUCAAAGGAUACAUACGAAAGGGUGCUGUAUUGACUGCCAUGCGUGAGUGGACAAAAGCGAAGCGUGCAUACGAGGAUGCACUUGCAAUAGAUCCCUCAAAUGCUGAGGCGCUUGAAGGACUCCGCAACUGUUUCCGUAGUAAUGAUGAGGACCCAGAAAAGGCUCGUGAACGAGCAUUGGAAGACCCUGAAGUGCAAGCGAUUCUACGUGACCCUGGCAUGCGGUUGUUGCUAGAACAAAUGAGCCAGGAUCCUGGAGCAGUUAGGGAACAUCUGCAAAAUCCUGACAUCUUCGCCAAGCUUAUGAAGUUACGCGAAGCAGGUAUAAUCCAGAUGAGGUAA